ACAAAAAAAGAAGAGACCUUUUUAUCGAUUUUGUGAGGGUAAGAUCCAGAGAUUGAAUCAGCUUAAAUCAUUUAUAAAAUCCAGGUAAUUCUUUUGUUUUUUUUCCCACCACGAUUUUGAAAUUCUAGCUUUUGUGGUUCCCCUGUGCCUCUUGUAGUGCAUCUCGUUUCCCCGGGAAAUGCUUUUGCUGUUUUGUUCCUGGGAGCUUUCAGACUUCUAACUAGGAUUAAGGACUGUCAUGAAACAUGACUUCUUCAGUGCAUGAGCUCUCUGAUAACAAUGAAAGUCAUAAGAAGCAAGAACGUUCAGAUUCCCAAACCCGACCAUCGGUUCCUUCAGGACGAAGUUCUGAAUCUAUAGAUACAAACUCUGUCUACUCAGAGCCGAUGGCGCAUGGGCUCUACCCGUAUCCAGAUCCUUACUACAGAAGUGUAUUUGCACAGCAAGCGUAUCUUCCACAUCCAUAUCCUGGGGUCCAUAUGCAGUUAAUGGGAAUGCAGCAACACGGGGUUCCGUUGCAAUGUGAUGCAGUCGAAGAACCUGUUUUUGUUAAUGCAAAGCAAUAUCAUGGUAUACUCAGGCGUAGGCAAUCACGGGCAAAACUUGAGGCACGAAAUAGAGCCAUCAAGUCAAAGAAGCCAUAUAUGCAUGAAUCUCGGCAUUUGCAUGCGAUAAGACGGCCAAGAGGAUGUGGCGGCCGGUUUCUCAAUGCCAAGAAGAAAAAUGGAGACCACAAGGCGGAGGAGGAGGAGGAUGAGGCAACCUCUGAUGAAAACGCUUCAGAAGCAAGUUCCAGCCGCAGGCCUGAGAAAUUAGCCAUGGCUCCUAAUGGUAGAUCUUGAGUAAGGUUCUUGCACAACCACGAGUUUGGUUUCUAUAUCGGGUGGAUGUUUGCCUCAUUGCAUCAUCGUCUUUAGUGUUUUUGGAACAGUCUUAUGUAGACAUCACAUGUGUAUAGUUUAUUGCUUGGGGCAGCUAGGGUGGCUUUGUUUUUAGUGAUUAGAAAUAAAACUGAGCAAAGAAAUGAAAAUCUUGAUUGAAAGUAUUCUUGUACCACAAUGAUCUUCUUUGCCAAUGAAUUGGUGUUUCUUGGAAACUAAACUAAUGUUCUUAGCUUUGUUUGCUAUGAUUUUGAGAGUAAAAUUUGAAGUUUGUAUUAAUU